CGGGGGCCAGCCAUGGGGAGUGUGGAGAUGGAGCCGUUGCUACUGGCCUGGAGCUACUUCAGGCGCAGGAAGUUCCAGCAGUGUGCUGAUCUCUGCACGCAGUUGCUGGAGAAAUCUCCUUAUGACCAGAGAACCAGAGUGAAUCAAGGCUCUGGAUUAUUGCGGUAGCCUUCUUUCUGAUUGGUCUCCCUGCCUCAGGCAUUUGCUCCCUCCAGUUCAUCUUCUAUUCAGCUGCCAAGGAACCUGAUUCUGAUGUCCCAGUGUCUCAGGCAGCUUGGAUUUUAAAAACAAGAGCACUAACUGAAAUGGUGUACGUAGAUGAAAUUGAUGUCGAUCAAGAAGGAAUUGCAGAGAUGGUCCUGGAUGAAAAUGCGAUUGCUCAAGUUGCUCGGCCUGGGACAUCCCUGAAGCUCCCUGGAGGCAGUCAGAUAGGAGGGCCUAGUCCAGCUGUUAGGCCAAUAACUCAAGCUGGAAGACCCAUUACAGGUUUUGUCCGGCCCGGCACACAAAGUGGAAGGCCUGGCACUAUGGAACAAGCUAUUAGAACACCUAGAACUGCAUAUACUGCUCACCCUAUUACUAGCUCUUCUGGAAGAUAUGUCAGGCUGGGAACGGCAUCAAUGCUUACAAAUCCUGAUGGGCCUUUUAUAAAUAUAUCUAGACUGAAUUUAACCAAAUAUGCUCAAAAACCAAAAUUUGCAAAGGCUUUGUUUGAAUACAUCUUUCAUCAUGAAAACGAUGUUAAGAAUGCACUGGAUUUGGCUGCCCUAUCCACAGAAUACUCGCAGUACAAGGACUGGUGGUGGAAAGUACAGAUUGGGAAAUGUUAUUACAGGCUAGGAAUGUACCGUGAAGCAGAAAAACAGUUUAAGUCAGCCCUGAAGCAGCAAGAGAUGGUGGAUACAUUCCUCUACUUGGCAAAGGUUUAUAUCUCCUUGGAUCAGCCUGUCACAGCUUUAAAUCUUUUCAAACAAGGCUUAGAUAAAUUUCCAGGAGAAGUGACCCUUCUUUGUGGAAUUGCCAGGAUAUAUGAGGCAAUGAAUAAUAUCUCAUCAGCUUCUGAAUACUACAAAGACGUUUUAAAGCAAGAUAAUACACAUGUGGAAGCUAUCGCAUGCAUUGGAAGCAACCAUUUUUAUUCUGACCAACCUGAAAUAGCUCUACGAUUUUACAGGCGACUCUUGCAGAUGGGUGUUUAUAAUUGCCAGCUUUUUAACAAUCUGGGCCUCUGUUGCUUCUAUGCCCAGCAGUAUGAUAUGACUCUGACCUCAUUUGAACGUGCCCUUUCUUUGUCUGAAAACGAGGAAGAGACAGCUGAUGUCUGGUAUAACUUGGGACACAUAGCUGUGGGAAUAGGAGAUCUGAAUUUGGCCUAUCAGUGUUUCAGAUUGGCCCUGGUCAACAAUAACAACCAUGCAGAAGCUUACAAUAACCUGGCUGUGCUGGAGAUGCGAAAGGGCCACGUUGAACAGGCAAGAGCCCUGUUGCAAACCGCUUCAUCUUUAGCACCCCAUAUGUAUGAGCCUCAUUUUAAUUUUGCAGCACUCUCUGAUAAGAUCGGAGACCUGCAGAGAAGCUAUGUGGCCGCACAGAAGUCUGAAGCAGCAUUUCCAGAUCAUAUUGAUACACAACAUUUAAUUAAACAGUUAAAACAGCACUUUGCCAUGCUUUGAUUGCUACUCCUACCAAAUAUGCUCUUAGGAAGAGGCAGAGAUCAUAAUAUUAGUACAGAUAUUUUAUUACACGAAGCUUAAUAACAUACCCUGUGCUGAUGGGAAGAGAAUUGGAGGAUUAGGAAAUUUAACAUUAAAGUACAUAAUAAAAUUUUUCUAAUACAGAAUUUUUAUGAAAUGUUGGCUGUAAGCACAUGUAGGAACUGUUGAAGAAAAGACUUGGCCUUCGUAGAUAGAUGGUAGGUGUUUCUCUGUAAUGUUUACAAACUAUCUGAAAGGAUUUUUAAAAAGUAUAAUUGGUAUUUAAUGUUCUUAGAAAAGCCAGUAAGUGUAUUAAAGAAUUAGAAUUCUAAAAUCUGCUUUUCAAACUGUAUUUUUAUUAAGAGUUUAUGCAUUUAUUCUAUGUGGAAAUGUUAUUUCUUAAAAGAAAAAACUAUGUAAAAUUGUUCUUAUUAAAUAUCUUAAGAAUACUGUACAUUUUUAGU